UGUGUUUAGGGAAGGAGAGUCCUCUUUUUUUUUACACGUAAAACACACAAAGCUGUUGUUUUAUAUUUGCAUUACGUAAACACCCAAAACCACCACUACAGUCCUCCAUCCUAAUCUACUUUAUCUUCCCUUCCUGAUCUAAAAAAUCUCUUAACUUCACAUCAAAUUCCACAUAUUUAUCUUUUAUACCCACUACAACUUGGCACCCACGGAAUAUAAACAACAAAACCACGUCCUCUCCUCUUUCGUCGUGAUCCUCUCGCUCGUACACCCCCCCUAAAUCUUCUCCUAAAAGUAGGCGGUAAUUAUUAGUGGAAAAUGGCGUUGGACUAUUAAGUCGCCCGAGCGCUACCUGCUAUUGGAGGGGCACCUGGGAUUGAUGAGGCGCAGUGGCCAAUGAGACUGCGCGCAAUGAAUGCACGGACUCCAGUUAAAGGGGGCGGAAGAAGAGGUAGAGCCAGUCCACGGAGAAACAGGGACCCUCCGCGAUAAACACAGGCGAGCCAGAGACAUAAAUACAUACCCAAUCGGAGCAGCGAUUUCUGAGAUGCUCCAACGAACUCUCGCUCUAUGCGCGCAGAGGACACCCAGUAAGAUAAUUAUUUAAUUCUUUGGGUGCAUUUGAACGAAUUUGAGAGAGGAGAGCAGAGGGAAACUCUUCACUUCGUCACAUUUGGAUUUUUUUUACGCACAAGUUAAUAGAAGUAUAUUCGAUAAUCCGAGCUGAUUUUGUCUUUCCUGAUGAGCGGAGCUGCGUUUUGAAUCCCGCCUGAUAUGGUGUUUCCAAGGCUGGAAGUUGAACCGCUGCCCACCAGCAACAACAUUUGAUUUUUUUGCUCUUUUUAACUUGCUCACUACAACUGAUUUGAAACAAACAUUUUCCCCUGACUGACAAUAUGUUACUGGAUGCUGGUCACCAGUUCCCCGGACUGGGAGUGGGGUCCUUCGCCAGGCAUCACUCAGCGAGCGAGAUGCAGGACAGAGACUUGAGUUUGGCACAGAACAGCUUUGUGGACUCCGCACACAUGGGUGCGUUUAAGCUCAACCAUGAUCUCUCCCCGGGACAGAGCUCUGCCUUCACCACACAGGCGCCGGGCUACCCCGCUGCGGCUCUGGGGGCUCAUGCCGCCCAUGUCACGUCGUAUGCGAGUUCUCCUUUUAACUCAACCAGGGACUUUCUCUUUCGCAGCCGUGGCUUCGGAGAAUCCUCUCCGGCGAGCGGCCAACAUACUAUUUUUGGCCCCACGGCGGGAUCCCUUCAUCACUCCCACACAGACACGCAAGGCCACAUUUUGUUCCCGGGGAUCCACGACCAGCAUGGCUCCCACGGCUCCCCAAACGUCCUGAACGGCCAAAUGAGGCUCGGACUACCGGGAGAAGUUUUCGGACGCUCCGACCAGUACCACCAGGUCUCCAGCCCGAGGACCGACCCCUACUCGGCCGCGCAGCUGCACAACCAGUACGGCUCCAUGAAUAUGAAUAUGGGAAUGAAUAUGGCAGCCCACCACCACCCCGGUGCCUUUUUCCGCUACAUGAGGCAACAGUGCAUCAAGCAGGAGCUCAUCUGCAAGUGGAUCGACCCCGAGCAGCUCAGCAACCCCAAGAAGUGCUGCAACAAAACUUUUAGCACCAUGCACGAGCUGGUCACGCACGUCUCCGUGGAGCACGUCGGCGGACCGGAGCAGACCAACCACGUCUGCUUCUGGGAGGACUGCGCCCGGGAGAGCAAACCGUUCAAGGCAAAAUACAAACUGGUGAAUCACAUUCGGGUGCACACCGGGGAGAAGCCUUUUCCGUGCCCGUUCCCCGGCUGCGGGAAGGUGUUCGCACGGUCAGAAAACUUGAAGAUCCACAAAAGAACACACACAGGAGAGAAGCCGUUCCAGUGCGAGUUUGAAGGCUGUGACAGGAGGUUUGCAAACAGCAGCGACCGAAAGAAACACAUGCACGUGCACACGUCGGACAAGCCAUAUCUUUGCAAAAUGUGUGACAAGUCCUACACACAUCCCAGCUCCCUACGGAAACACAUGAAGGUCCAUGAAGCCACUCCACCAGCAUCAGACUCCUCACCAGCAGCCAGCUCCGGCUACGAGUCCUCCACACCUCCGGGCCUGGUGUCUCCCACCACCGAGACCCAAAGCAACACCACCCUGUCCCCUGCCUCAGCUGUGCACAACACCACCAGCCACAGUGGCCUAUCUUCCAAUUUCAGUGAAUGGUAUGUGUAGGACUGAGCUGAAUUGAAGCCACACACACUCAUUUCACAGCACUGGACCAUCCAGCAGGAGAUGCUUUUUUUGGGUAGGGUGGGGGGACAGAAGACACACAAACCUUUUCUUUUUUUUUUGCUCACCGGGGAGGAAGGCGAUUACCAACAGAGGAGAGUAUGUAAAAUAGUGAGGUGUGUUUCAUAUUGUAUAUAAUUCCUAAAAGCCCACAUUCCCAUUGGUCGUGCUAGUUUGUCAGUCUUUGGUGUAUAGAUGUUCCUUCAAUGGUAGCUAUUUCUCUAACUGGACUCUUAGUGCACAUAUUACCAUAAAAAUUGUACUAUAAAGUUGAAUAUUGUGAUCCUAAGGCAAACUGAUUGUACUAUACUAAACAUCUAUAAACUGGAAAGAGUGCCAAAGUUAACAUUUAACUCCAACACACCACAAUAUUAUGCUUGUGAAUGUAUAUUUUUAGUUUGCUGGGCUUAACUUGUGAUGUUUUCGUGCUUUGCAAGUUUGUGAAAUACUAUCUGGAAGAUUGUGAGGAAAUAAACAUUGUGCCGUUGGA